CGAGCCCGAGUCCCAGCCCGACAUGAACCACCAUCAGCAGCAGCAGCACCAGAAGCCCGGGGAGCAGCAGCUGAGCGAGCCCGAGGACAUGGAGAUGGAAGGUUCAUAACAUUGGAUGUGAAGGGGACCCAGAAUUUUGCUGGAGUGCUUUGGACACUGCUGUCAUGAGUUCACCUGUAUGCGCAUGGAUGGGCAGGAAGCUGGAGAUGCAGACGAUCCUCCAAGAAUUACUCAAAAUCCUGUCAUUAAUGGGAAUGUAGCAAUGGCUGAUGGACACAACAACACCGAAGAGGACAUGGAGGAUGAUACAAGUUGGCGAUCGGAGGCAACCUUUCAGUUCACAGUGGAACGCUUCAACAGAUUGAGUGAGUCAGUUCUCAGCCCUCCCUGCUUUGUACGGAAUUUGCCAUGGAAGAUCAUGGUCAUGCCACGACUCUACCCGGACAGACCUCACCAAAAAAGCGUAGGAUUCUUCCUCCAGUGCAAUGCAGAAUCCGAUUCCACGUCAUGGUCUUGUCAUGCACAAGCAGUUCUCAAGAUAAUAAACUACAAAGAUGAUGAAAAAUCAUUCAGUCGUCGUAUUAGUCACUUAUUCUUUCAUAAGGAAAAUGACUGGGGCUUUUCCAACUUUAUGGCCUGGAGUGAAGUUACUGAUCCUGAAAAGGGCUUUAUAGAAGAAGACAAAGUUACUUUUGAAGUCUAUGUUCAAGCAGAUGCUCCCCAUGGAGUGGCGUGGGAUUCAAAGAAGCACACAGGAUAUGUUGGCUUAAAGAACCAGGGAGCAACUUGUUACAUGAACAGUUUGUUACAGACUUUAUUUUUCACAAAUCAACUACGAAAGGCUGUGUACAUGAUGCCCACCGAAGGAGAUGAUUCAUCCAAAAGUGUUCCUUUAGCAUUGCAAAGAGUGUUUUAUGAGCUGCAACAUAGUGACAAACCAGUUGGAACUAAAAAAUUAACAAAAUCUUUUGGGUGGGAAACUUUAGACAGCUUCAUGCAACACGAUGUCCAGGAGUUAUGUCGAGUGCUGCUUGAUAAUGUGGAAAAUAAAAUGAAAGGCACAUGUGUAGAAGGCACUAUUCCGAAGUUGUUCAGAGGAAAGAUGGUGUCUUAUAUCCAAUGCAAACAUGUAGACUAUCGAUCUGAACGAAUAGAAGAUUAUUAUGAUAUCCAGCUAAGUAUAAAGGGAAAGAAAAAUAUUUUUGAAUCCUUCAUUGACUAUGUUGCAGUGGAGCAGUUGGAUGGUGAUAACAAGUAUGAUGCAGGAGAGCAUGGCUUGCAGGAGGCAGAGAAAGGUGUGAAGUUCCUAACCUUGCCACCAGUGCUACAUCUACAGCUCAUGAGAUUUAUGUAUGAUCCACAGACUGAUCAAAACAUCAAGAUAAAUGAUAGGUUUGAGUUUCCUGAACAGUUGCCACUAGAUGAAUUUUUGCAAAAAACAGAUCCUAAAGAUCCUGCAAAUUACAUUCUUCACGCAGUUCUAGUACACAGUGGAGAUAACCAUGGUGGACAUUAUGUUGUUUACUUAAAUCCAAAGGGUGAUGGAAAAUGGUGUAAAUUUGAUGACGACGUUGUAUCAAGAUGUACAAAGGAAGAAGCAAUUGAACACAACUAUGGAGGCCACGACGACGACUUGUCUGUACGGCACUGCACGAAUGCGUACAUGUUGGUUUACAUCAGGGAAUCAAAAUUAAGUGAAGUCUUGCAGCCUGUCACAGACCACGAUAUUCCUCAACAACUUGUGGAAAGGCUACAAGAAGAGAAAAGAAUAGAGGCUCAGAAGAGGAAGGAGAGGCAGGAAGCUCACCUCUACAUGCAAGUGCAGAUAGUAGCAGAGGAUCAGUUCUGUGGCCACCAAGGUAACGACAUGUAUGAUGAAGAAAAAGUGAAAUACACCGUGUUCAAAGUAUUAAAAAACUCCACGCUGACAGAAUUUGUUCAGAACCUCUCUCAAACAAUGGGAUUUCCCCAGGAUCAGAUCAGAUUAUGGCCAAUGCAAGCUAGAAGUAAUGGAACAAAAAGACCUGCAAUGUUAGAUAAUGAAGCAGAUGGCAAUAAAACAAUGAUUGAGCUCAGUGACAAUGAAAAUCCAUGGACAAUAUUUUUGGAAACAGUAGAUCCAGAGAUGGCUGCUACUGGAGCAACAUUACCCAAGUUUGACAAAGAUCAUGAUGUAAUGUUGUUUCUGAAGAUGUAUGAUCCGAAAACUCGGAGUUUGAAUUAUUGUGGACAUAUCUACACACCUAUAUCCUGUAAAAUACGUGACUUGCUUCCAGUUAUGUGUGAGAGAGCAGGAUUUCCACAAGAAACUAACCUUAUCCUCUAUGAGGAAGUUAAACCCAAUUUAACAGAAAGGAUUCAAGACUAUGAUGUGUCUCUUGAUAAAGCUCUUGAUGAACUCAUGGAUGGUGACAUCAUAGUGUUUCAGAAGGAUGACCCAGAAAACGAUAACAGUGAGCUGCCAACAGCUAAGGAAUACUUCAGAGACCUCUAUCAUCGUGUGGAUGUCAUUUUCUGUGAUAAAACCAUCCCCAACGACCCAGGUUUUGUUGUUACUUUAUCCAAUAGGAUGAAUUACUUUCAGGUUGCAAAGACAGUUGCACAAAGACUUAAUACAGAUCCAAUGCUAUUACAGUUUUUCAAGUCUCAAGGUUAUAGGGACGGCCCUGGUAAUCCCCUUAGGCACAAUUAUGAAGGUACUUUAAGAGAUCUUCUGCAGUUCUUCAAGCCUAGGCAACCUAAAAAGCUUUACUAUCAACAGCUCAAAAUGAAAAUAACUGAUUUUGAGAACAGAAGAAGUUUUAAAUGCAUAUGGCUAAAUAGCCAAUUUAGGGAAGAGGAAAUAACAGUAUAUCCAGAUAAGCAUGGGUGUGUGCGGGACCUCUUAGAAGAAUGUAAAAAAGUUGUAGAGCUCUCUGAAAAAGGUUCAGGGAAGUUAAGGCUGCUAGAAAUUGUAAGUUACAAAAUAAUUGGUGUCCAUCAGGAAGAUGAGCUGUUAGAGUGUUUGUCGCCCGCAACAAGUCGGACGUUUCGAAUAGAGGAAAUUCCUCUGGACCAGGUAGAUAUAGAUAAAGAAAAUGAGAUGCUAAUCACAGUGGCACAUUUCCACAAAGAGGUUUUUGGGACAUUUGGAAUUCCAUUCUUGCUGAGGAUACACCAGGGCGAACACUUCAGAGAGGUUAUGAAGCGGAUUCAGACAAUGCUGGACAUACAGGAAAAAGAAUUUGAAAAGUUUAAAUUUGCAAUUGUAAUGAUGGGUCGACACCAGUAUCUCAAUGAAGAUGAGUAUGAAGUGAACUUGAAAGAUUUUGAGCCCCAACCUGGCAACAUGUCUCAUCCAAGGCCGUGGCUAGGGCUUGACCAUUUCAAUAAAGCCCCAAAGAGAAGUCGCUACACUUACCUUGAAAAAGCUAUUAAAAUCCAUAACUGACUUAAUAAACCAGAUUGUCAAGGCAAGGGACAAAAUAAGUGUGUGUGUGCACCUUUUUAACAACUGUAGAACUUUGGUACACGUGCACUAUAUCUGAAGUCUUCAGCAAGAGGAUUUGCUGCUGAUGUUAAUUUUAUUUUGUUGAGGCUGUUCAGUUUGGCUUCUCUGUAUCUAUUGACUGCCCUUUUUGAGCAAAAUGAAGGUGUUUUUAUAAAGCUUGGAUGCCAAUGAGAGUUAUUUUAUGGUAAACGUAAUGCAAGGCAAUUGUCAGCAUAAUGAGGGAAGAGUUUAGUAGAACAAUUGACAUUGGCAAAAUAUUUGUCUGUAGUACGUUUAUAGAUGGCAUAAGCUGGCUGGCUGCCUUUCCUGGUGUGGUGUUCACCAUCACUGCAGCUAGUAAGUCUUAUGUUUAGACUCACAUCAGAUUUAUUUCCUUCAGUUAUACUUUAAAUGACAUUUUUGUGCAUUUGUAAAUGCAAAAAACUCACAUCAUCAAUAAAUAGCAAUCUCUACUUCA